AUGUCAAGAUCCAGAUCUUUUAGUUUCACUUCAGUGAUCUCCAAAACAGGAACCUUGUGUUUGCCACUAUUCCAGUUGGUGCUCUCAGACCCACCGUGUGAAGACACUGAAAUGUGCAUAAACUAUAAAAAUCAAUACCCAAGUGACUGGUAUAUCUGGUUCUUGCUGCUCAUUGUCCUGGCGGUUCUGCUCUGCGGGGCAGCGCUCUUCUGCCUUCAGGGCUGGCUCAGGAGAUGCAGUGCAGGAUGCUCAGGACGCACCGUGGCUGUUUUUGCUGUUGGAGACUUGGACUCUGUUUAUGGGGCAGAAGCAGCUGUAACUCCAACUGUUGGAAUUCACCUUCAAACUCAACACCCUGAACUGUGUCCUGUUCCAUGUUUCAACACUUUAGGCCCUCCUCCUCCAUAUGAAGAACUUGUGAAAGCAAGCCACGUUUAG